AUGAGAUCCAGUGCUGGCAACAUGGAGAAGAUAGUCAUCUGCCUGAUGGUCAUCUUCCUGGGGACAAUAGCCCAUAAGUCAAGCUUCCAACAGCAGGAUCUCCUCUUGAUUAGAAUGCGUCAACUUAUAGAUAUUGUUGAUCAGCUGCAAAAUUAUGUGAAUGAUUUGGAACCUGAACCUCUGCCAGCUCCAGAAGAUGUAAAGAAACAUUGUGAACGGUCAGCUUUUUCAUGUUUUCAGAAGGUCCAACUAAAGGCAGCAAAUGCAGGAGGCAAUGAACAGAUAAUCAAUGUAUUAACUAAACAGCUGAAGAGGAAACUACCUCCCACAAACGCAGGCAGAAGACAGAAACACAGACCAACAUGCCCCUCAUGUGAUUCUUAUGAGAAAACACCACCCAAAGAAUUCCUAGAAAGACUGAAGUCACUCAUCCAAAAGAUGAUUCAUCAGCAUCUCUCCUAGAACACAUGAGAUAUGAAGGUUCCUGAGGAUCUAACUUGAAGCUGGACACUAUAUUACAUACUCUAACACAGUAGUGAAACUCACUUCUUGGUACUCUAAAUGGAGGAGUACAACAUAUUAGUGAUGGGGAAUAAGACUCAGAUCAGUGUUUCAAGUCAGGAUUAUUUCCCCCCAGUAUGCAAUUCUUCAG